AGCAGUUGUUGCUAUACUCUUGUAACAAACUGUGUCGAUUGUUUCCCUUCUGCAAGGCCACAAACCCUAGAGAAGUUUCUCUCUCAUUUUAGAGAUGAAGGAAGAUGAAGGAAGAAAGAUGGAAGAGGGAGGGAACAUGGAUGAUGGACGAGUGAGAAAUGGGACAGUUUGGACUGCAACUGCCCAUAUAAUUACAGCAGUGAUAGGAUCUGGGGUGUUGGGAUUGGGGUGGAGUGUUUCUCAGUUGGGUUGGAUUUUGGGGCCUUUUUGUCUCCUUGGCUUUGGCUAUGUCACCUACUACACAGCAACUCUUCAAGCUGAUUGCUAUAGAUACCCCAAUCCACUCACUGGAAAGAGAAACUACACCUACAGAGAUGCAGUGAGAGUAUUUCUUGGGCCGAGAAAUGUAUUUAUGUGUGGAAUGGUGCAAUAUGCAAUUCUUUGGGGUUCAAUGGUGUCAUACACCAUCGUGGCUGCUUCAAGCAUGGUUGCCAUGAAGAAAUCAAAUUGCUUCCAUAAGAGCGGGCACAACAGCAAAUGUGGGACUUCAGGGAUUAUGUAUAUGUUUAUCUAUGGUUUAUUUCAAGUGAUAUUGUCCCAAUUACCAAAUUUGGAGAAGGUAUCAACGAUAUCAGUGGUGGCAACAAUCACCUCCUUUGUGUAUUCAGGAAUAGGACUAGCUCUAUGCAUAGCAAAGUUUGUGUGUCAAGGGGAGAUCAAAGGAAGCUUAAGAGGGAACUCCAUUGGUGACACUGCUUCUUCCUCCAUUUCAAGCAACAUGUGGAAUGCCUUCCAAGCUCUAGGAAGCAUUGCUUUUGCUUAUGCUUUUGCCCAUGUUCUCAUAGAGAUACAGGACACUUUGAGGCCACAUCAACCGGAGAAUAAAACUAUGAAGAGAGCAGCAGUUUAUGGGAUGGCAUCCACUGCGAUAUUCUAUGUCUCACUGGGUUCUGCAGCCUAUGCCGCGUUCGGAAGUCACACUCCUGGAAACAUCCUAACUGGUUUCGGAUUCUAUGAACCCUUUUGGCUGGUGGACAUCGGGAACCUUUGCAUUGCCAUUCAUCUCACAGGAGCUUACCAGGUGUACGGGCAACCCAUCUUUGCCGCAAUUGAGGACAUGAUAUACUCGACCUGGCCAACAAACUGCUUUGUCCAUCUGCAAUUGACAGUCAAAUUACCAUUUUCGAACUUGGGUGGCGUAAGCUUGUCCCCCCUGUCUCUCCUCGUGCGCACAACCGUAGUUGUGGUAACAACGUUAGUGGCCAUGCUUGUGCCGUUCUUCAACUCAGUUGCUGGUCUCAUUGGGGCUAUAGCAUUUUGGCCUCUCACUGUAUACUUCCCUGUGAACAUGUACAUAGCACAGGCUAGGCUAAAGAGGGGUACCAUGAAAUGGGUCCUCUUACAAUGCCUCCUAGCUGCUUCUUUUGUGGUCUCUCUUUUAGCUGCUAUCGGUUCGGUGGCUGAUAUCAUCAAGAGCCUCAAGCAUUCGAAGCCCUUCAAAGCUGUGUAUUAACCAGUACGCGAGUUUGGCUUGGUUCAUUAACGUGUCAAUGGUUGGAGCACUUCGCCCCAAGCUCGAAUCCUACGGCCGAACUAAUCAAUGAAGGAAACGAGAAGUACUAAUUCACCAUAACAAAUGCACAAAAUACAUCGAGAGGACAAGUGGCUCAUUAGGAACGAUUGAGAUUGAUUGCUGAUUCUGUUUGCAUGUGUGGUGAAAUAGAGGCUUUCUUUUAAAUUUUCCUUAUAUGGGUUCAUAAAGAGAUCUUAAUGAUCUUAAUGUCAUCUUAAGUAAAUAACAUAUUAUCUGGAGUUUUUCUCAGUAAAUUUAAUGUAAUAUACUUUCAUGAGUUUGUCUGCAGCCUUGUGUAAUUAGCAAAAGAGAUUUUCUUCAUAAUAAGAACUCUAUCAAAGAUAAUUUGGGACCGGUAACUCUAUGAAUAUAAACAUGAAUUCGCUGAUGAUCAUGCGUCCUAGUUCCAUGCCUAUGAAGAAG